GUCACAGGUUUCUAGCCAAGGGCGGCAAUAAUGAGAAAUUUGAAAUUUGCGGGCUAGCGAGCUAGCUGCUAGCAUACGCCACGGAUGUAAGUUAAUCUGUUUUCUUCCCCUCCCCAACACCAUGGCGUCAUAUCACCAUGUAUUACAACACACGAGACCGCGGUUUGAAUCUCCUGCCAAGGUGUUUGCUAAGCUAAAAUCUAAAGUGCAGAGGGAAGGGAUGUGCGCGAAGGACGGGACUUUAACAGGCAAGGCUCCGCUGUGUAACGUUAGAGAGAAACAUGGGGCAGGUUUUAGGUCGCCCAGGAAGAGAGCAGAGAGCACCUGGAUGACCGACGAUCUCAAGGAGAAUCAGAGGUUUGGUUCGUAUCGCAAUGAAGCGCAGGCCUUGACCCUGUCGCCUAUAUCGAGUCCUCAGAAAACAGGGUGCUCGUAUUCAGACCUCAGCAGCAGGCUCGUGGAGGAAAUGCCUCCUGUGACUGACAUAGGACAUGGAUGUACACAAAGACAGAGAGCCUUCCUGGAGUCAACAGUUGACUCUCGUCCCUUCAGGAAGCAGAUCCUCACAGAACCACCUCAGAUCAGAGACUUGAAUGGUUUUAAGGUGACCAGCAGGACUCCAGUAAAGAUACAGCCUGUAGAAAAGGACUAUGUAAGGAGUGUGUUUGAGGAGGAAUGUGCUCCUCUCGAAGAACUGACUUCUUCAACCUAUAUAUUUUCCCCCAUGAGGAAGAGGUUGAGGAAGAGGAAAUGGGAGCUGCAGGAGUUGAACAAAGUCAGCAGCAGUACAAAGGAGAUUAGCAAUGAAAUCAUAAGCCAGCCACGAGAAAGGAAAACCUCCAGUGCAUCAAGCGAGGAUGACACCCAGAAGAACACUCCCAUGGAUCUUGGAGGAUCCUCUGCAGACCGAUCAGAGAUGAACCAGUUCACUCAGGAAGCCAUGUUCCCACCACCAAGACCCACCGCAACAAAACGUUGUUAUGUUACUAUGGAAAAAAUUCUUCCAAUGUCUCCAGCCAAGAUGUUUGCUUACAUGAAGGAGAGGGAAAGUAAAGUGGAGCAGCUGGAGGUUCAAAAAGUCUGCAGCAGCAAGAGGGAUCUCUUUGAUGGCGGUAAUUUCCAUCAGUCCAGAGACUCGCCUCCCUCCACAGAAAGUGUGGCGCCUGUCACCCGGCCCACAGAAGAGUCAGCUGACAGCCAGUCAGACACAGAUCCCUCUGAGGAUGCCCUGAUCCCUGCUGAGCCAUCACAAGCUGUUUUGCUUGAAGACCCUCUCGUACUCAACACGCCACGAAUCUCCAUACCGAAGAAACAAGAGGCUGUGUUCAAGCGCAACAAAUGGCCGAACUGCGCAAAAUUCCCAAGUGAGAGUGUGAUUUAUCUCAAAAAGUGGUUCCUGAGGAAGAAUCAUAAGGGCCUCUUUGUUGAUGGAAUCCACAGGGAGAACAACAUACCAUGGAACAGUAACAUCAUCAUUGAGAGGGUUUCUAAUUGUGUGGUAAAGACUAUCUCUGGGAGGGUUUACGUCUUGGUUGGCAAGAUGAACUUUGACAUUCACUCCGUGUUUCCAAAGUGGCUUUUGAAGAAGUUUGUUAAUGGCUUUCCUCCAAACUGGAAGGCACUUUAUGAGAAGUUCCUGUCAGAGUCAAGAGACUUAAUUUUGUUUUGUUGUGGCAAUCCCAGCAGAGAAACAGAGGGGAGCAGUAAGGGGAGAAGCAUCAUAGCAAAGACAAAAUCUGGCGCAUCGUCCAUCAAUGGAUCUGUGAAGCGGUGCAGGCAAAAACCUAUGAAGACACCUGCUUCCUGCCCUCCUGCCUCCUCUUCUUGUACAAAAGUGUCUCGAAGUGGUCGCGUGAUCAAGGCGCCUCUGGAGUACUGGAAAGGAGGGAGAGUCAUCCUUGAUGCACACAUGAAUGUUACCAUCCAUGAAUGUUAUGAAACCUCCAUCUGCCAGCCUGAGGUCGCCACAAGAGUGUCUGCGGGCGCGUCACAGAAACCUGCCCGCGUUUUCCUGCCCUGCAGUGAAAGCCAUAAGCACUGUGAAUCGGCGAGUGACGAAGAGGCACCAGUACCACUGAGGAGAGUCAAGGCGCCUAUCCGCACACGCAACAGAGCCAAGGUUAACCAUGAAAAGAAGCCCUCUUGUUCACCUGAACCACCCGUGGAGACAUUUAGCAGCCCUGACGAGUGGUCUGGCAGAAGGACAAGGUCCAGCCAAAGGUGUCCAGCUACAGAGAGAACACAGCAUGUGGACAUUGUCCCUCAAAAGCAAAGAGAACCUGAGAAGUCUUCAACACGGAGGUCAAAAAAACAGACGCAUGACACCACAAGGCCUUCAGUGAGAGCCUCGGGGAGCAAGCGGGCUGUCGCAGCAUCCACAGAAUCUUCCACUGUUAAUGAUAAAACAUCACCCCAUCAGUCGUCAGAUGAUGAGUUCUGUGUUAGGAGAAAGAAGAGUGGGAAAGAAGUGCACAGGAAGACGGGUGUGAAGGUUCUCAACAAGUCGCAGGCGAGCGACAUGUUUUUGUCGUCAUCCAAGUCGUCUGAGGAGAGCGGGGAGGAACUGAAGAAGAGAACCAGAGCUAGAGUGACCAGAAAUAGCGAUGCUAUACAAACACAAACCAAGCAUAAACGGAGCAAAUGCACCAAGACAUCCCCACCCACAAACCCUUUGCCUAAGUCAACACAAUCCAGCAAGAAACACAAGGCAAGCACAGGCAACACACAGCAUCAAGAUGAAGAAGAGUGGACCGAAGCAGAGCUCAUGAAGCUACAAGAGGCAGUGUGCUACUAUCCAAAGCACAGGGCAGGCUACUGGGCAAAGGUGGCGAGGAGGGUGGGAACACGUUCUGCAGAAGAGUGCCACAAGCAGCACACAUCCCGGGGAACCUCCCAGACUCCUGCCAAGAGAGCCAACAAUCCCAAAAAGGAAAAAAUGGAAGCACCAAAAGAUCCAGUUACAGAUCAUCCUGUGAUAUCUGCCCGGGUGGGAACCUUAAAGAGAAAGCAGCAGGUGCGUCAGUUCCUGGAGGCCAUGCCCAGAGAAGAUGUUGAUGACGUUUUCAGCACUGCGUACAUGCAGAAUAAACGGUUUGAGAUGCCCUCCAUGUGUCCGAGUGAUGACCAUGACUCCACAUUGUCAGACCUGGAGCCCCUGACCCCCAUGUCGACAGGCUUCCCCGAAGUAAAGACACCUCAGUGUCUGCAUAUCACUCCUGGCAUGAUGGGCUCCCCAAACAGUAACAACAAUGACAAGUACGUCUAUCAACUCCAGAAGAGGAUGAAAAAAAGUCAGUUUAAUGUCUACAAACAGGCUCCUCCUGUAAAGAGCUUCACACCCACGCCAUCAGUUAAACGAACGAUGAGAAGAUGUGGUAACACGGAAAAUGAUACCUUUGUUGUUUGGGAGAUGUUCCCGGGAAACAAUGGAGCGCUGUCUGAAAGCGACGAGGAGGAAGAUUUUUACUUCUCAGAGAACGAGUGAUUGGAGUUGAAACAUUAUAUCAUUUUUUUUUAUUAUUAUUAUAAAAUGACUCACAUAAAUUAAAAUCAAUGGAACAGAGGAGAGAUGUGAUAUUUGCCUUGUGUUAACUCCUCAAAUGUGAACAAUAGAAUAGUUGAAAAGGAGUUGAACUCAUCAGUGUGAAACAAACUGAGGAUAUGAUUUAAAUAGGAUAUAAAUUGAAGCUUUUAAACUUAAACCACAGUGGAAUGUGUACAUGCAAUUGUGUUUUAAGACAGUGUGGCGUUUUGUAAAGUUAAGUUUAAUAGUUAGAAAUAGUUUUACUAUUUUAAUAUGCUGUCAAAAACAGACCUGUGCUGCCGUCUUCCAGUAUGUCCCUGUAACAAUGGUUUUUGUUUAAAGUUUUAGUCCCAAGAGUCAGUUGUAACCAUCCUAUUAAUAAACAUUCUUUAAUUCUUA